AUGGGUCGGAGUAAUACAAAGUUACCUUUAGAACUAAUAAAGAACGAGAAGUCUCGCAAUGUCACUUUUCGAAAGAGGAAGAAGGGAUUGAUGAAGAAGACUUUUGAACUAAAUAAGUUGUGUGAUGUGCAGUGUUCUGUUAUCAUUUACGAGAAGAAACCUAAUGGCCAAUUAGUUCGCCCAGAGACCUAUCCUGAAAACCCUGAAGAGGUCAAGCAAAUUAUUGAUAGGUUUGUCUCCAAAUCUGCCAAAGUAAGGAAAGUCGAAAAUUUGGCUGAUUAUUUCGGCAAACAAAUCAUGCAAGUGAAGAAAGAGACUGCAAAAUUGCGCCAAAAGAACAAUGAAACUCGAUUUCCUUCAUGGGAUGAUAGGCUAAACGACUUGUCAUUAGAUCAAUUGCUUGAUCUUUUGAAAAAGCUGGAUCACAAAAUAGAAGACGUUCAUCAGCGUUUUGAUAAGCAAUAUGCUAUUGAUGUUGGUAUACUCUCACAAACGGCCUUGUUUUCGAACAACAACUUGGAGUAUUCUCAGAUGGUUGCGUUAAACGAAUACCCUAAUAGUGGUUCGAUGAUGUACAUAAGUGAUAGGGCUUUGCCUGAAGAGCAAAGCAUGCCAUGGCAAAACUACAACAUUCAGAGUGCUCCAUCAGCAUCAAACGGGUCAAAUUACGAUGAAUCAAUUACUUCUUUGAGGUUUGAAAAUCGCCUGCAAUAUGGAAGCAUGGAUGAUAAUUUAACGUUAUGUAAUCAAGUUCCGCUGCAGACUGUGUAUCCAAUGUCUGCAAGUUACUUAUGUGAUAAUGCUAACCAAUUCUUGCAUCUCAAAGGCUAG